AUGGGGAAGCGUGUGGCUGUCGUGGGUAGCGGUUGCUCGGGUAUUGCUGCAUUGUGGGCUCUCCGGAACGGUACUGAUCAUGAGGUCCAUCUGUUCGAGGCUGCCUCGCGGUUGGGCGGACACACGAAUACAGUUACCUACGAAGCCAUGGAUGGGCAGGAGGUCGUGGUAGACACCGGCUUCACUAUAAUGAACACUGCUACCUACCCGAACUUCAUCCGAUUCCUCAAGGUACUUGGUAUACCGACCAGAAGGACCGAGAUGACGUUCGCCGUUUCCCGCGAUCAAGGUACUUUCGAAUGGGCUGGCACGUCUUUGUCGUCCAUCUUCGCACAAAAGAGAAACAUCUUCAAUCCUGGCAUGUGGAGAUUGCUAUUUGACGUCAUUCGUUUCAAUGAGUUUGCCCUUGAUCUAUUGCAGGACCAACCAGAAAGUGAGCGAGAUGCAGCCGGGGGUAUGCCCAAGGCAACUGGCAAGCCGGCUCCAGAGGAAACGAUUGGAGAAUAUCUCGACCGGGAGCAUUACUCUCCAGAGUUUCGCGACAACUACCUCAUCCCCAGGACUGCGGCCAUCUGGAGCACAAGUCCUGAUAAGAGCUCAGAAUUUCCGGCCACGACAUUUGUCCGUUUCAUGCACAACCACCAUCUGCUGAGGACGAAUGCAUCGCGUCCAGACUGGUUGACUAUUUCUGGAGGAUCGAACCAAUACAUCGAUGCUGUAAUGGAGCACUUUCCCAGCGAUCAGGUACACCUCAAGUCCAACGUGACCGCCUUGACACCCACUAAGAGAGGCUCUGUCAUCUUGACCGCCAAUGAAAGAGACUAUGUGUUUGACCAUGUCAUACUGGCCACACAUGGUGACCAAGCGCUGAAGAUCCUUCGGCCCAUUGCGAGUACUCAGGAGGCUGAGAUCCUGAGUGGAUUUCGCACCGCCAGGUCUGUGGCGGUCUUGCAUUCCGAUGUCUCACUCAUGCCCAAGAGGAAGGUCGCCUGGUCAGCCUGGAAUUACAUCGCCGAGUCGCCGUUUCCGCCAUUGAGGAGCCAGACCGCCCCCAAGACGUGCCUGACUUAUUGGAUGAAUCUGCUGCAACAUAUCCCCCAGGACAAGUUUGGCCCGGUGCUAGUCACACUGAAUCCCUUGAACAUGCCAGAUCCAAGGCUAGCACAGGGUAUCUGGGAGUACUCUCACCCUCUGUACAAUGCUGCAGCGAUCAGAUCACAGCGACUGUUGCCCAAAAUCCAGAAUAUCAGAGGCAUCAGUUACUGUGGAGCAUGGACCGGGUAUGGAUUCCAUGAGGACGGCUUUAGCAGUGGUCUAUCGGUGGCGACCAAUCAUCUUGGGGCGAAGCUGCCGUUCGAGUUCAUAGACUCGACUUCCUCAAGGGGUAAGAGGCCUACUCUGACCAUGAAAAAUCAUCUGCUGAGGCUGGUUAUCCUUCUGCUCCAGAUAGCUCUGUUGCUGGUCGAACGAGCGUGGCACGCCAGGACUGCGCUUUUGAACCGGCGGACGGCGUUAGCGAAGAAGACGAGUUGA